GCUGCGUUCGACGACGCCGCAGCAACAGCAGCAGCAGCCGAACACGAAGGAAAGCUUGGCUUCUUCUGGUUUCCUGCAUCAUCUGCGUCUCCCAUCGAUCGAUUCUUGCGGGAAUUUGCGACGAUUCCACCUGGAGCAACAACCCACCGAGCCUCCACGAUGAACCCUGCGAUUUUUCCCCUUCUUUUGGUGCUCGGGGCGGCCAUGGUGACUGCGGAUUCCGUCGUCGAGGAGCUGGAGAAGCACGGGCUGCCAGUAGGACUCCUCCCGAGCUCCGUGAAGAGCUACUCCAUUAGCGAGGACGGUGACUUUUGCGUUGCGCUGCAGAGCUCUUGCUACGCAAAGAUUGAGGAUCAGCUGGCAUACUACAGCCGUAACAUUACGGGACAGCUGAAGUUUGGCACCAUCAGUAACUUAAAUGGAAUCGAGACAAAGCAGCUUUUCGUUUGGUUGCCAGUGACAGGAAUAUAUGUGGAUGUUCCAGCUACACCCUACAUCUACCUCGAGGUCGGUGUCUUGACAAAGAGACUAGCGCUUGCCGUAUUCGAGACACCUCCAAAGUGUUCCUCCCAUGACGCUGACACAGGAAUUCACAUUCCCAACUUGAAUGAAUUUGCGGGCUUUCGACUAAGGAAGGCGCUGCACUGAUAUAUGUGACGCAAGCGACUGACUUCACGUCUUCAUUAAGAUCUACGGUAGUUGAUAGUUUCACAUGUAGCUUGUCAAAUGUGAGUGUAUCUCUGUUGCUUCUUAAGGAACAGCACCAGAUGUAAAUUGCAAUAUAAAUAAUCGAUUCCUGCAGAGGACUGUUGACGCAGUGGACCAUUAGCAGUA